UAGGUGCAGAAUACAGUGGGAAACUUUAGGUGAGGUUUUGGUUUAGGGCUCUGGUAGUGAUUUACUUUUAGGCGAUUUUCUGGAGAAAAAUGGAGACUUCUCUGAGGUAUUCGAAGUCUUUGAGAAUCCACGCGAAGGAAAAGCUCCCCUUCAACUCCAAAACCCAUUUACAGCUUCAUGGAGAGCUAGAUACUGCAACUGGGGGCCCUAGUUACUUCUCUGCGAUGAUUAGACACCUUUUCCCCGAGGCUUUAACAGGGCUGGGAGUAGGAUUCCAUUAUGAUAAGCGUCACAAGCUUCGGUCUCAUGUCCGCGGGAAAAAAGAGUUUCCUUUGGGAGCUAAUAAGCUUGUGACCUUCAAUAUUAAAGGGCGGUGUGAUUUUGAUCAAGACUUCAAUCAGAAGAACCCUGUAGGAGCUGCAGAAUUUGCCUGGAACAUAAUGAACUUUAAGGAAGAUCAGGAUGUACGGUUCAAAGUUGGCUACGAAAUGUUUAAUAAGGUUCCUUAUAUGCAGAUUAGAGAAAACAAUUGGACUCUUAACGCUAACAUGAAGGGAAAAUGGAACUUGAGGUUUGACCUGUGACUGCACUCUGAUUCUUCUGAAAAAUGUAUUGGUAAUACUUUGAUUCUUCCAAUUAAUCAAAUUCACAGAUUUUACAAAAUUGUAUCCAUUACUAUUGCAAGUGUCUGUGAACUUGAAUGUUGGCAAGCUUAUAACGGUUUGAACUA